AUGGCUCUUAAAGGCAUGAGAAAGAGUGAUCUACAGCGCCUUGCAUCUCAGCUUAAUAUUAAUAGCGAUGGUUUAAAGGCAAAUCUUGAAACAAGAAUUGUUGAACAUUUAUUAGAAAAUAAGGCUUUACUUUCUAAGAAUCCAGAAUUUUCGUCAUAUUAUGAGGAUUCUUUAGAAGAUACUGGAUCUUUUGUAAAUAAUGUAAAAGGAUCAUCUCGAAAAAAAUCUGUAGUUGUACAGAAAACAAAUGUAAAACGGCCUUUAUUUGCGACGAAUCAAAGUGAUUCUUUUGAUUAUAAGUUUAAAAAUCAUUCGGAAGCUUCUUUAUUAUAUGAAAAUAAUAAAGCUCGGCAUAGAUUUAACGAACUUGUAAAUGAGUCUUCUGAUGCAGCAUCAGAGUCAGUUUUGUCCGAAACUAUUUGUAUUUCUGGUUUUAAUGGUGGUUGCGUCCUGAAAGAUACAUUUAACUCUUGUUUUCAGUAUGAUGUUCUUUUUGACAAGCUAUUAAAUAUACGCAAGUGUUUAUCUAAAGUUUUAAUGCUUGAUUUUUUAUUUUGUAUUUAUGAAUUUUAUAAUCUUUUAAGUUUUUUGAUUCCAUGGUCAUAUAAGGCGUUUCUUCCUUUGUUUUCUUCUUUUUUUGAUUAUAGAAUUCUUUAUUUGCCGGAUCUUUCUGUAAUUUUUUCAUUUGAAAAAUUUUGGUCACCCUUCUUAACUUGGUGGAUAUUUACAAUAUUUAUACCUUUGAUUGUGGCUACAAUAUUCAAUUUUCAUGAAUCAAGGAAAGGAGAAGGCUUUAAAAUAAUUGAUCCGAUGACAUUUGCUGUUGUUAAAACAAUAGUUGUUUAUUUUAUAUUUUAUAAAGGUUUUCAGAAAAGUUUUUUUUUUGCUAAUUCUUUGUCUAUUAUUAAAUCUGCUAUUGGCAUUGAUCUUAUGUUUACUUUGUCUUUUAUAGGAGUGUUAUAUGCAAUGUAUGACACUUUAAUUUCUAGAAAGUAA